GUGUGUGAUGAGUGGUAUCCAUACUAGCAUCGCGCCUAUACCUCUGGUCCAAUCAGUGAGCUGUAGUCGGGUGCGCGCGCGUGAUCGAGUCGUCUGGUAACUGAUUGUACAAGUGGUAAAACUACACCAUUUUCAGUUAGCAACACUCGUCUCAUCAGCGUUUUACCGAGUGGUGCGGUCGGUGUACGAGUUGACAGUGAGCGGUGAGCGUGCAUUUCAGCAGGGAUGUCCUGUAGCUCUCGAAACUGUUAGUAAACGCCGAGGGGUUUGCAUCCUUUUUGGAAGACCACCCGGAGAAUCUAGCAUCAGCUGUUUACAGCCCUGCAGACUGGGCGUGUCCAGGCUACAAGGUUGAGGGGAAGCAGUAUUAAGCAGUCGGUUAGUUUAGUGGUGGUUAUCUUUGGGUUCAAGCCCGGGAGCUGAUGAGCAGCGCCUCACGAGAGGUUUGCAGCACUUUUCAUCCAUCCACCACUUGCCGGGUUCUCGUAAAUACACCUGUGGUGUUUAUAUAGUGACAGCUACUCUGCAUUGCACAUCUGUCAUAUCGCAAAAGCCUGCCGUACCAUUAGCGUGUCCGUGUACAGCGACCACUCUGUGACCAAACGUCUUCAAUCACUGUUGUUCUAUCUUCAAACUUUCUUAAAGAAGCUGAGCUGGUAACUGCUCGACAAGCAACAUGUCUCUCGUGGCAGAUCCGCACCAAAACUCCCUGAACAAAAGUGGCGAGGACCACGUUGAGAGCAUGCCCCUCAAAGACAAAGACGGCAACUGCAACGCGGUGGACCACAUCUUCAAGGAGCCGAGUACUCGUCUUGAGGAUGGAGGAGACGAGAUGCAAGAGUUGGAAGACGCUGACCCGCCGGGAGGCAAACGGGAAACGUGGUCUCGAAAUUUGGACUUUGUGUUCGCGUGCAUUGGCUACGCUAUCGGGCUGGGUAAUGUCUGGCGGUUUCCCUACCUCUGCUACAAGAACGGUGGAGGUGCCUUCUUGCUACCAUACGCAAUAGCCCUUCUGAUCGCCGGGGUACCAAUCUUCUUCUUCGAGGUGGCCAUUGGUCAGUUUCUCAGUCUGGGGGGUCUCAGCAUAUGGAAGAUAUGCCCGCUCUUCAAAGGUGUUGGCUAUGCGGGAUUGGUCAUGUCAUUCUGGCUCAAUGUCUGGUACGUCAUGCCCAUGGCUUGGGCCCUCCUGUAUCUAGUCAACUCCUUCACUACCAGCCUACCGUGGGAAGACUGCGAGAACACAUGGAACACAGACCACUGUGUGGCUAACUACUCUAUCUCCGAUAACUACUCCAGUACUCCCACAGAUGAGUUCUGGAACCUGUACGUGCUGAAUAAGACUGAAACGAUCGACGAUACGGGCAACAUCCGCUGGGAGCUCUCACUGACGCUGCUGGUGGUCUGGAUCACGUGUUACUUCUGCAUCUGGAAAGGUGUCAAGUGGACAGGAAAGGUUGUGUACUUCACAUCGAUGUACCCUUACGUCAUGCUGAUCAUCAUGUUCUUCAGGGGUGUAACACUAGAGGGCGCUGUGGACGGCAUCAUUUACUACCUAAAACCAAACUUCAAACGGCUUGGAGAUUCGGAGGUUUGGUUGGAUGCGGUGACGCAGAUCUUUUUCUCCUACGGCACUGGGCUAGGCAGUCUGAUAGCCCUCGGUAGCUACAACAAAUUCAAAAAUAACGUCUACAAGGAUGCGCUCAUCGUGUCCUGCAUCAACAGCGGUACCAGUUUCUUCGCUGGUUUCGUCAUCUUCUCCACGUUGGGUCACAUGGCACACGUGCAGCAGGUGGAUGUGGCUAAUGUCACGGCAUCAGGUCCUGGCCUUGCUUUCCGGGCCUACCCAGCAGCCCUUGCGCAGCUGCCUAUCUCUCCUCUCUGGUCCUGCUUCUUCUUCUCCAUGAUUUUCAUGGUCGGGCUGGACAGCCAGUUUUGCACCAUGGAGGGUUUCUUCACAGCAUGCAUGGACGAAUGGCCCAAGUAUCUCCGCCGACACAAAGAGAUCUUCAUCGGUAUCACAUGCGUCAUCUCAUACAUCAUAGGGCUCAGCAUGGUCUCACAGGGAGGAAUCUACGUCUUUGAGAUCUUCAACAACUACGCGGCCAGCGGGAUAAGCCUGCUGUUCCUCAUGUUCUUCCAGACUACGGCGGUCAGCUGGUUCUACGGUGUGGAUCGUUUCUAUCGCAACAUCGAGCAGAUGAUCGGUUACCAACCGUUCAUCUGGUGGAAGAUCUGCUGGGUUGGGCUGGUACCCGCGCUUUGUCUGGGUGUAUUCAUAUUCAACAUGGUGGAGUUCAAGCCAUUGACUCUAGACGACUAUGAGUACCCACCGUGGGCCAUAGCCUUUGGAAUACUGCUAGCUCUCAGCUCUAUGCUCUGUAUACCAGGCUACAUGGUUUAUCUGCUGCUCGUCACACCGGGUUCCAUCAGAGAGCGUUUCACGAAGUGUAUCACGCCCAAUUGGUCGGAGGAGGACUUGCGUAGGGGGCUAGCUCUUCCUCGAGACGCUAAUCGUAAGAUGCAAGGUCCUUAUCAGGAUUACUUACCUCCUUCCUACGCCACGGCGGUGGCCGAGGGAGGCCCCACCCCUGUGUAGAAUGUAAGAUAAGAACGGAGUCAACAUAUAACGUCUUUAUGUGAUGUGUAGUUGAACAUCUAAUACCCAAGUGACGGUUAGUAUCGACCAUUGGCCAUUUUUUUAGCGAAUGAGGGCGCCAUUUUUUACGUGUAAGUUUAAUACGUUCUUUGUGUUAUCUUUCUCAGCUACUUUUUCUGUCGAUUUUGUUUGUUGUAUCACUGUCUGUAUUUUGCUUGUUGAGGACAAGCAUAUACAUGUUAUAAUAAAAAAUACUAAUAAUUACACAAACUGAAGUGAUUCAAAUGUUAUUGAAGAGAGCAUGUUGUGGUAAUUCAAAUAUUACUUGGUACUUUACGAGUACAAUCUUCAGUUUUUAGAAAAUUGUGUCGUUGUAGCGCCCUCAUUCGCCAAAAAAAGUAGUACGUGAUCUUUCUGUAACUUUGGGCAUAGUCUUGACGUGUUUUCAAAUGCUCGGGUUUGUCUCCGGCUUCGGCUCCAGGAGACUUUUUAGGCCCCUGAUUUGGAGAACUCCAGCUUGUGCUGCAUAUUUUUGCAAUGCAAGGCCAAGGGAAAGAGUAUUUUAUUUGGUGUGGACACUAUCCUGCUCGUUUCAAAAAUGACUCUAAAGAGCCAGUGAUGAAACCGUAGCUGGAGUGAAACCUAGAUUUCGAAAAACUUAGUUCGUGGUCAGUGAUAAUGGUUCAUUGGCAAUAGCGCCCUCGUGCCACCCCAAAAAACCCAAAACCUUAGUAACCAAGAAUACCAUGACAGUAGACCUUUCUCAGAUGAGGGUUUUUCGAUAUGAAUGGUGUUUUUAAUUGACUUUGAUCUGUGUAAAUAUUUUGUGGAUAACAGCGUGAGGUAAAAGAGGUGAACAAUGGGCUAUGAAAAGGAAGGCGUGGCCGAAUAUAAAUAAAUGGGAUUUUGCCGAUAAUGAAUGAGUCAGCAGGGAGACAUUCCCAUAGACUUGUGCACAAUUGUUUUCCAGCUUUAAUGACCCCUAACCCUAAUUUUACCUUAUCCCAUCCCACGAAUUUUGGUAUAAUUACUAAUUGGACCAGGAGCAAUCGAUCUAGCCUAUCCGUGACAUUAAAUCUUGCCUCUAAACAGGGGCUGAGGCAUUAGGGAGAAAUGUUUCCCUAAAUCCACAUCUCUCCCAAAGGUAUAACUUAUGACGUCUUUGUCUCCCAAAGCUCCUGUGGUUGUAAUAGUAAUAGUUAUAAACAGUGUAGGGGACAUCUUUUGAGGACGAUGAUGUGGUUUGUACCGAAAGCAGAGAUAGGAAAGGUUAGGAUUCUUUGAUUCAAAUCAGUCACAUCAAAAUAAAGGCUAAAUUCAAAGCAAUAACCUUUUUAAAAGUAAAUUUAAUGAUAGCCGAACUCUACCUGCAUUUUCUAUGUGAAAUGGAAGUUAGGCCUAUACUGUUUAUAUAAUUAUACAUUAUCGGCACACUUUUUGAAUUCAAACACACACACGUUUCUGGUCUAAAACAUAAUCUUUUGGGGGGCAGAAAUAUGGACGGAACAAAAUGGAGGAAAUCCAGAACUCUCUAUAAGUGAAAAGACGGUCUUGGAAUACAUCCGAUGAUUCGGGAUUUGAUGAGGAUUUUUUUUCCGUUCUCCGAGCACUAAGAGGAAGAAACAUGUAAAACCUUACCUCACGUGUAUACGUCAUCCGAUUUGUGUACAAAAAAAUAUAAACAAAUAAAUAUGACGGAUUUAGUGAUUCCAUUUCGUAUAUUGUGUUACGGUGAGAAUGACGACUGAAUGUUUUGUACAUACAUGUCAUACUUUUCUGCAGUGCAGGACUGAAAAAAUAUAUCGAAUGUUAUUCAGUGUACAUCAACGAAGCUAUUUAUCACGUGCAUGUGGUAUGAUACUCGAAUCAGUGACUUAUAAUCUGCGUGGUUUUGAAUUUCUGUAUUUUCUUUACAAAUUGUGAGAAUUGACUGGAACAACAUUUAAAGUUUAUUUAUAUCUUUUCUUGUAAUGAAACCAGGGAUUCCUCAAAAGCGCCCCAGGCACUGUAGCUCACAAGCCUGAAGAAAACUGUGGAGAGAAGGCAAUGUGA